CGAGGCCGCUGUCUUCUUCGUCGAGAGUACCCACCCCCGAGAUCGGCCGGAUCCGGUCCCCGUCUUCCUCCAGCAGCCUCCUACUCCGUCCGCCGCGUCCCCGACCUCCUCUUCCAGCAGCAGCUCCGGCCGCCUCUGCCAAAACCUCCUCCUCCUCCUCCUCCUGCAGCAGCUCCGGCCGCCUCUGCCCAAACGUCCUCCCCCAGCAGGUGCUCCGGCCUCCGACCUCAACCUCCCGCUCGUGUACCCGCAUCACCAGCUCAAGGAAUCAUAAUGUCUUUUGAAGAUAAAGCAAUCGCUAGCCGUAUGACCUCACCCUCACCGAAAGCUGCGGUAUCAGAAUCAGAUCUUCGGAUCAUAAAUGCUGCAUCAAAUGUGGAUCAUUCUCAAGCCAAUAGCCAGGCAAAUGCAGUCCUUGGUCCAGUGGCUAUCUUUUGGGACAUUGAGAACUGCCCUGUUCCAAGUGAUGUACGGCCAGAUGAUGUGGCUGGGUAUAUAAGGACAGCAAUACGGAUGCAUCCUUUUGUUAAGGGUGCAGUUACAAUGCUAUCUGCUUAUGGAGACUUCAAUGCUUUCCCUAGAAGACUCAGAGAGGGUUGUCAGAGAACUGGAGUCAAACUUGUUGAUGUUCCAAAUGGACGGAAAGAUGCAGCUGAUAAGGCCAUACUGGUAGACAUGUUUCUCUUUGCUUUGGACAAUCGGCCACCGUCGUCAAUUAUGCUUAUAUCUGGUGACGUAGAUUUCGCUCCUGCACUCCAUAUACUUGGUCAGCGUGGAUACACUAUUGUCCUUGCCAUUCCAUCUUCAGUUACUGUCGCAUCAGCUUUGAGCAGUGCUGGGAGUUUUGUGUGGGACUGGCCUAGUCUUGCCCGUGGUGCAGGCAGUGUGCCCCCCAGAUCCUUAGGACAUCGUGCUCCUGAUCCAUCAUUCUGUCUCAAUAGUGUAACGGUGGGGAAAUUUCCUGAAAUACAGACUGAAGAGGAGGCUAUUGUUUAUAUGGGAACUUCGAGGAGCGAGUACGGUGGCAGAACAAGCAACCAGACAUAUUGCUAUAACUCUUCACAGGUGACUGGCGAAUCAUGCAAAGCUUUCUAUACUGUCGGAGAUGGGAAUUGUGGCACUAGCACAUCAUUGAGGUCACAUAAUGUAUCAUGUGGUUUGAAUGAAGUCCCAGUGGUAGACCAAGGUUUUACAGGUGAACAGUCAUGGUGGGUUCGUCCUGGUGAUCUUCAGGGCUUGAAGGGUCAACUUAUAAGGUUAUUUGAGUUAUCUGGUGGAUCUGUUCCACUUUUCCGUGUUCCUUCAGAGUACUUGAAGCUCUUCGGAAGGCACCUGUAUGUAGCAGAAUAUGGAGCUGUCAAACUUGUGCAUAUUUUCGAAAAGCUAUCCGAGUCUUUUGUUGUCAUAGGGAAGGGUCAGAGAAAGAUGAUUUGCCUCCGCAAUUCUGGUGAUAGGAACCUGAAGAAAUUCUCGAGUACGCCAAUGAUUCUGAAAAAUGAUAAGAGAGGCAAUGCUACUCUUGAGGUAGGUACUACCGGAACAUGUCGGCAGGUGAGCAGCUCGUCAGAUGAUUUCUCAGAGGAUGAACAGAACAUUAGCCCUGAUGCCAUUGGAGCAUAUGUGUUUGAUAGCCAUCUGGACAAUUGCAGCAAGGAGAUUGAGGCUCUUCUUGUUUGCUACUUGCACUACCCUAUUCCACUGUGUCAGUUUGAGGACAUGUACGAACAACGGUACAAGAAGUCUCUCGACUACCAGAGCUUUGGAGUCGAUGGUCUGGAGGAACUACUUUGCAAGUUAAAUGAUGUUGUCGAGUUGACUGUGGAUGAGGACGACACGAAGUUUGUCAGAGCCAAGUUAGGGAAACGCUAGUCUCUCACAGCCAAUUUAAUCAGCGAUUUGGCCUACUGUUGUUUUAAUAUCAGUAGUACAGUUACUUCAGUACUUCAGAUUUGGUUUCCUCGCCGAGCGUUUUUGUCAAGCACUUGAGCCGACGUCUAUUUUUAUCACGUCGGUACGAUAAGUGCAGGCGCACAGCAAAUGCUUGUAACAGUAUAUUGGUUACUAAUCUAAUCUUACUCUUUUAGUUGUUCACCUAUUGAAACGAAGCCAUCUUAUAGUUGUUCCUUACUUGCAUGCUGGAUACCUAUGUUUUGUUUA